AUGCGCACCGCCCUGGAAGCCACCGCCGCCGGCGCCGACGUGCAGGCGGAGGCGCACGCGCGCGUGUCCGCGCUCUGCGACGCGAUCGCCGCGCUGCAGGCGCGCCUGGCCGCGCUGCAGGGGCGCGUGGAGGCGCUGGUGCCCCACAACGCCGGGUCUGUGGGGCUCUUGGAGCAGAUGGACUGGCCCCUGGAUGAUGAGGGGGCGGCCGCGGCCGACCCCGAGCUGCCCGCGGCCGCCGCCGAGGACGAGAGCGCGGGCGCAGGCCACCAUGCAGAGGCUGCGGCCCCGCGCCAGCCCGGCAGCCCCAACGGCAGCGAGGGGUUCAGCAGCUGCGAGGAGCUGGGCAGCGAUGAGCUGCUUGAGGCGCAGGAAGCCGCGCUGGCAGCUUCCGGGCUGCUGCCCAUGAGGGCGCUGCCCACCGCCGCCGCUGCCGACGACGCCGGCGGCGCGCGGCCGCGUGAAAAGGACGCCGAGUCCGCCACGGCGGCGCGGGGAGCGGCAGCACAUGACGACGAGGCUGCGGCGCCGGCCGCAGGGCAUGUGGCGGUUACGACAAAGCCUGAGGACGAUGGCAGCGAGAGGGGCGACAGCGCCCCUGUACAGGACCAGGGGCCUCCUCGCACCGCAGGCGCCGCCGCGCCGCCUGCGCCCGAGCCCGCUGCCCCCGACGCCGCGGAAGCCUCUGCCGCGGAGGCUCCCCAGCAGGCCGCCGAGGCGCCUGCGCCGGCGGGGCCGGCGGGCGCGCCUGGCGCCGGCUCGGCAGGCCUUGAAGGAGAGGGCAGCAGCGACAUCACCAGCCCCCUGAGCAGCUACGACGAGCUCGCCAGCGCGAGGUGCCGCUCGCCCGGCGCCAGCAGCGCCGGCGGCAACGAGCGCCUCGCGGACUCACUGCUCGGCGUGGGCGACGCAGGCGGCCUGCUGCUGCUCGCCGGCGCGGCGCGCGGCACGCGCGGCGGCGACGCCGCCGCCGCGGCGCCCGCCGCCGUGACGGCGCUGCCGCUCUCGAGCCUCGGCGACGACGGCGGCCGCCGCAGCGGGGGCGCGAGCGCCGGCGGGAGCUUCGGCGCGAGCAGCGGCCUGCGCUGCUCAGAGGCGAGCAUUGUGCCGCACGCGGAGGACGGCGGCGGCGCUCUCAGCCCCACAGCGGACUUCCGCCGCAGCUUCGCCGAGGCGCUGUCGGCCGCGGGCCUGCACGGCGGCCCCGCGCCGGCGUCGGCGUCAGAGUCGGACGAUUGGACGCUGAUAGAGGGGCUGGCCGCUGACCUGGAGAGGGCCGGGGAGGAUGAGGAGGAGCAGGCGGGGGCCGCGCGGCGCCGCUGA